UCCUCUCUUACUCAUUAUCCAUCAGUGGACUUAGCCAUCUGUGUCUAUUCUCCACCAAAAAUAUUCCCUUCGGCCUUAAUCAUGGCUCGUUCCCUUUCCCAUACCGUAAUCAAGCUCAGCCCGAUCACCAAACCGCGCCCUUCCUCCUCUCGGCUCCUUUCCCUCCGAACCCAAUCAAACCAACCCAACCAUUCCGACGUCUCCGAUCUUUCCCCCGACUCCUCUUCCUCCUCCGAUCCUCUCCUGCGAAAACUUGAAGACGCCAUCCACCGGAUCAUUGUACGCCGUUCUGCACCUGAUUGGCUCCCUUUCCUCCCCGGAUCCUCUUACUGGGUCCCACCUUCCACUGCCCAAUCGUACGGCCUUGCUCAGCUCGUUGAGAAAUUGGCUAAUCCAUUGACCCCGGAGGAGUCCAUGUCCACCACCACCGUCCGAGGUUGGCCCUCCUCUGACUAUUUCAUCAAAGGUGGAUCCCCGCAUCCGAUGGAAGUAGACAUGACUUCAAAUACUUCAUCGAAAUCCGAGGAUGAGGAAGGAUGAAGCCAUGCUAAUUGCUAAUAAUAGCAUCUGGGGCUCAUCUAGAAUUCUGAAGUUGCAGGAGGAACGAUAAGAAGUAGAUUCAUUGACAAGGAGACCCUUCAGUCAGAUUGGAGGAGCUGUACGGAUGCAACGCAGCAAGUGGAGCAGAUAUAAAUUCUUUUUAAAUUUUCACAGCUGAAAAUGAUUCUGUGUCUUAUGUAUUUUAAAGAGGUACUAGUUCUACUUAUUUAGAUUAUAUUUACACUAUCCAUCCCACGCCAAGUGUGCUGUAACUUAUCUGGUUUAGCGUUAUGUUUCAGCUUUUCCCUGUGUAAAUACUUGUGAAUAGGGAUUAUAAAAUUCUACGCAUAAUUUCACUUCA